AUGUCCGUUGACGCCAAGUCGCAUAUACCGCUUCUGCUGACCAUCUCGCAGGAGCUCGAACAUUUCUAUCGGUGUUAUGCCGAGGCCUUCGAAGAGAUACACGACUUCUUCAGAGGAUCAUCAACGUCACCACGCGCCGUCGCGUACGAGAUCAGAAGAAUAGCAACAUGGAUCGACGAAAAUGCGCAUCGAGGAUACCGCGACAUCGCCUGGGUCGAGCUGGCAAGAGACUUGUGGCGACUCGCAAACGAGGUCGCCAUGGGCUACACAAGAGAUGCUCGCUACUACUCCCGACAUGCUGGCGGCGGGCCCUGGUAUCGAGCGGAUCGAGGCUUAGGAUGGCGGUAG